GGAGCAGCGGAGGAGCGGAGGAGCUGUGUGGACAUUCUACAGAGUGCAGCGCUCAGGCUCUCCAGUAGUACAUAUAUGUAUUGGGCCAGCAUGUAGUAUGUACACUCAGAUGUAUGUACACGGCAGUGUGUGUGUGUCCCAAGGAGCCAAAGACAUUUUCUAAGCUGGGAUAGCCUGGAUUGAUUUGAAGCCACCACAGGAGCGAGGAUACAGGCGACAUACCAACAUGUCGCUUGUCCACACGUUUCUCGGCACCUGGGAGAUUGUCUGCUGCACUUUCGAGGGCAAGCGCGAGCUAUCCGGCCUGGAGGGAAUUAAAUUUCGCCUGGACGAUACCAGCGACAUAACCUGGUAUAACGAUUUGGUCAGCCCGAUUCCUGAGCAACAAGACUGCGGCCCUUUCUGCGACUCGGCGAGUGUUCUAUUUAGCUGUGAGACCUUCGAUGUGCACGAAACGAAUCCCCGGCUCGUAUUCGGAGCCUUUGCCGGGCACAGCAUUGAGUUCAGCACCAACACCUUGACGCCGACUGACACGCUGGUGCUCAGCUGUGAGAAUUGGUAUGCCGUCGAGUGCAAGCGACUGCAGGAUGGUCAGGCGGCGGGUCAGGAGAAGCAGCUCAGCUUUGGCGAUGCCCUGCAGGAGUCCUACUUCAGCGAUGUGAUGGUGAAGAGUGCCAGCGGCCUGGAAUAUGCCCUGCAUGCCUCCAUACUGCGGCUCAACGGCUUCGAUUGCAGCAUGUGCGUGAACAGUGCGCCAGUGGCGCGACAGGCCGUCAAAAGUGCAGCAGCGGCGCCCUGUCACAGCGGGCCGAAUACGCCCAAUCCCAUACGAAUUUCCGUGGCACCCGCCGGCGACGAUGAGCACCAAAAGUCAUUGCCGCGCUUGAAUCUGUCGCCGAUUUACCUGCAGCCCCCCUGUGAUUUUCAGACGCUGGCGGGUCUGGGCGCGCAGCGAGUGCAUCAGUUCAGCAGCAGCUUCAAUUGCCUCAGCAAUGGCAACGACUCAGAGCCGGCGCUCAGCACGGGCAUGGGCAUGGGCACGGGUCUGCUCAGCGUUGAGUGCGGUGGCAUGUGGCAUCGAUUUCCGCCCACCUCCCAUUCCGAUUCGCACCUGGAAACGACGCAGUCCCACUGCAAGAACAUAUUCAACUUCUGUCAGGAUUUGAUCGUACAGCCAACGCCCUCGCCGGUGCUGCCAGCUGGCGGACUGAGCGCCGGCCUCGCCGUCUGCAGCAUCAGGCGACCGCCGCUGUCGCCAUACCGGGCACGCAGCCCCUCGCCAUUCCCCAGCUCGAUGGAUACGCCGCCAUCGUCCCCACUGACGCCGGUGGGUGUGCUGUGCAACCUGCCCACAUUCCUGCUGAGCCCCAUCCUGCACUGGCUGUACACCGAGUCCAUGCUGCCGGACCUCGAGGAGGAUGUCUGCGAGAAGCUGAUCAACUUUGCCGAGUCGCAGCCAUCGCUGACCAAGCUGGUGGAGCCAACGCGCAAGUACCUGAGGCUAAUGAAACUAAAAAAAUUUGUUGUCAAUGUGACUAUGAAUCUGCAUGGCAUACUCAAUCGCGUUAUACAGUGCAUCAAUCCGGUGAGCAUUUCGCACGAGCCUGCGCAGCUGUGUGGCACGUUUCAGGAUGCGUUGCGUGAGUGUGCCAUAGGUUGUGCAAAGGUUCUGCAAUUCUGUAAUAUAUUCAUCACCGAUGCCACACACACGCACAUGACGCGCUACCAGAAGAACGAAAUUGUCAAAUAUAUACGCACUCGGAUACCCAUAUUCAUGUCGCAGAUACAGCAGCUGCUGCGCAAUGUGCUCGGCGUCUUUGUGGGGCUAACUGUCGAGGAGAAGGCCCAGCUGGUCAACUAUUUAGUACCUGAAAUUGAAUCAACAUUAUUUGUAUUAACUGCUGUGAUAGAGGAAAUCAAAAACUCGUUGGAAAUCAUGUGCAAGGAUCUUAAGUGCUCCCAUUUGGAACUGCCACAGCAACAGCAGCAGGCAGACGAUGCCAUUGUCAUGCAAUUGCAUUAUGUUGAGUCGGCGGUCGGCGGCGGUGGUGGUGGUGGUGGUGGUGGUGAGCCUUCGCCACGGCCACGUCGCGGUGCUCCGGUGGGCCUGACGCUCUACGACAAUCACCAGGACAAGAAACGCCUCAGCUCAGCCGAGAAUGAUCUGAAAUUUGUGCUCUACAUGUACGAAGUGCGCAAAAUGCGUGACAUUUAUGGACGAAUUGUGGCUGCCCUCGACAUAAUUAAUGACAAAAAAACGACAUUCUGCGAAAUGGAUUUCCUAAGCAAGAUUAGCACAAUUAAUCAAAAUUUGGAGCAGCUAAUUGUGGAGAUUCCCGCAUAUAUAUUUAUUGUCGAGAACUUGUCCGAUCGCCUCGACGACAAACUGGGCUGGAAGGAGUUCAAGUUUUGCUUCAAGCUGGCCACCAGUCAAAUUAAUGGCGUUAUAGCUAAGCUUUUGGAUCACAAGAGCGCCCUGCGAGACGCCAUCAGUCAGAUUUGUAGGCUGGUGCACAAACAGGAAUUCACACAGUCGCUCAUCGAGCUGGGACUGCUGGACAGUGGCGCCGCCAGUGGGGCCAAGCCAAGCGAUUUGAAAACGGCCGAUCAUGAAAAUAACCUAAAUGUGGGCUUGAGCGAUGGCGAACAGCUGCUGCUCAAUCACCAGCAUUAUUAUGACUACAAAAGCAUCAAGUUGAAUCUCAUUCGACACCUUUGCGAGCCACCAACUGCGGCCAAUAGCAAUCUAUCGAAAAAUGCACUCCGCCUGCUGCACUCCACACAGCUGGCGGACAUGGAGUUCGAGGUGCAUACGCAUGCAUCAACCGCAAAUGCCGUGGACACAGAGGCCACAACGACAGCAACAUCAACAUCAACAGCAACAUCAACAUCCAUAUCCAUCGGUGGAGAAGCUUCGUCAUCGGCUUUGCAGGUGCACAGCUUCAAGGCACAUCGCGUGAUUGUCGCUGCGCGUUGCGAGUGGUUCAAGAAGGCUCUGAUGUCCGGCAUGCAGGAGUCCAUCAACAGAAGGGUCAUCAUCACGGACACCUCGCCGGUGAUAUUUCGUCGAUUGUUGCUUUACCUGUAUGGCGCGCCCAUUGAUCGUACGGUGGGUGCCGAGCAGAUCUGCGAACUGAUGCUGUUGGCAGAUCGUUAUUCAGUUGAUGAUCUGAAAGAACUGUGCGAAAACACUUUGUACGCUCUGAUUGACGAGGAUUCGGUCGUCUGUUUGCUGGGCAUUGCGGACAGAUAUAUGGCCACUGCUCUGAAAUCGAAAUGCCUCUCAUUCCUAUCGCAGCACUCGCAGCUCACCAAGUGCGAAAUAUUUAAGGAAUUGCCGCAAACCCUACAGCUAGAGGUUAUGGAUUUAAUACAUUGGUUCGGCCGUGUUUCGGAGCCUUGGAACGAUCGUGGAUUCAAGCCGCGCAGCAGUUCUCGGCAUAGCCUUAAGAGUCCCUCAAAGCCACGUUCGCGCUCCCGCAAGUCAUCGCCAUCCUAUAUGUGACGCCGGCAAAGCGCCACUGAACACACGACGUAUGCCAACUUCUUGUGAUAAUAUUCUAGAAGACUUCGGAAACGAAUGGUAGUCCGGCAUAAUGGCAGUCUGUAAGGGUGACACACGGAUGGUAGCACGAUUGACAGGGGAACGGGUAAGGAGUUGGGGUUGGUAAGGGCUGUGGCUCAGUCAGAUGCCAAAAUACCCAAAAAAACAAAACAAAACAAAACAAAACAAAAAUGAAAUAUUUUUGGGGGGUUAACAAGGCUAAUACUCGUAUGUAUGUAAGUACUAGGACUCUCCACUUUGACUCUGGUCUCAGUAGCAUAAAAAUCAAGCCAACAAAAUUCAAAAGGAAUGGCAACAAAAAUUACCUGAUUUUAAGACAAAAUUUUAUUUAGUUCACUAAAUAUGUAUGUAGAUAGAAAUAAUAUUGAACAUUCGUGUUACUUAUGAAUCAUGAAUACAUAUGUAUGUAUGUAUUUAUGUAUGUACUUUUGAGCAAAAUACAAAGUACAUAUAUGUAUUUAAAAAAAAUGAAUGCAUAUGAAUGAAUUUUCUCUCUCUAAUUAAAUUGAUGUACGAUGUCUGUACGAUGUAUGUGCAACAACAUAAUUUUUAUAAAUGCAAAUUGAUCUUUGCGCAAAUAGAUAUUGUAUUGUAUUGUCGUGCAUUGUAUUUGUGUAUAUGUUUAUGUAUGUCUUCGACUAUAAAACACUAACUACAUACAUGCAUAGUACUUACAUAUUUUAUUCGCAUUCGCUGGGACCAUCACGCUCAUGUUUUUCGCUAUGAGGUUCCCGAAUGUGUUUGUAUUUUUGACAUUUACAUUGUAGAGCUAUUAUACUAUAUACUAUACUA